AUGUCUGCGCGUCGCGGGCUCGGCGGCGUCCUGCGCGCUGCGGCGCGGGCGUUGGCACCACACGGGCCUGCUGUCCAGCCGGGCGGCGCCCCCGGGCGCGGGUGGGAUGGCCUCGCCGCUACCUUCUCGCGCCACGUGCACGACACGGCGCCUGCGCGGCAGCUGCAUCACCCGGAGGAACUGGCCGCGCAGCCGAGCGGUCGGGAGGACGAGGGCGGCGUGGAGGGCGGGCAGGAGCCCCGCGUGAGCGACGCGAGGGAGCAGGCCCUGGAGGUCUCGAGUACCAGGAAGCGGCAGUGGGAAGUUGUGGUCCUCAAGGGCACGAAGAGAACGCAGGCCGGCAGGACGGUGAGCGCGGGGAUGCGCGGCAAGGCCCGCGGGCGUUGGCGCACGAGCGAUGAGUACGACAGCUCGCUAGAUGCUACGCACCAGAUCAUGCGGAACCGGCAGAUCGACGACCUGAUCCAGGUCGCGGGCGACAUCGAGGCGGGCGGAAGGGAGCUCGACACUAUCAACCUCGGGGUCCUCAUACGUCAACUGGGCCGGUCUGCAGCGCGCGAUGGGGUGAUCACUCCACGGGGGCUCGAGGGCGUGGACGAGCUCAAGCACCGCGUCGCGGAGCUCGCGGCGAAGGGCCUCGAUCUGCAGCGCGCGGAGCGGGGGUUCCGGCCGGUCUCGGUCGACAACGCGCUGAGGGGAGUGACGGAGGUGUUUUUGAGUGCCAGGAACCUGAUCGUGAAACCGGGGUUGCCGCCCGAGGACGUCCAGACGGCCAAGGACGUCUGCAACGACAUGCGGAACGCGGGGGACGUGAUCUUUCAGCUCAUGCGCACCCGCUUCCGGCCCAAGGACUUUCUGGACGAGGACCCGCCGUACUCGAGCGCGUUUCGCAUCUUCGGGCGCGCGCUCACCCUGCGGCUGCCCACGCGCGACCCUGACGAUCUGGUCGCGGCGAUGGUCAAGGUGCUCGACAGCGAGACGAUGUUCCACGAGGCCGAGAUGGACCCAUCGAAGGUUGCGGUCCUCCCAGACCUCCAAGUGGUGGAGCGCUUCCUGUACAGGUGCAAUCAGAAGCAACUGAGUUUGCCGCCAGCGUUCAUCAACAGCUUGGUCGCCGGGGCCUUCCUGAGGAUUCCCGUGGACCAAGCGACCCCCGAGGACUGCGAAGCUGUCGUACAGACGCUCCAGCGCUUGAUCGAGGCCGUCGGAUCCUACGGCGUCUCCCAAGGCAACGGCGUCACUGCACUGAAGCGCGCGAUCGAGAUGCUCGAGACCCCGCAGGGCUUCGCGGCGAUGAGCACGCGCAAGCUGGUGAUGACAAUGCACGUCUUCACGAAGUUCGUGCCGCCCCGCGGGGAGAUGCGGGGCGUGCUGAAGGGGUCGGGCGUGCCGCUCGUCGAGGAGAUGCUGUCGCGCCCGGACCUGGAGGUCCGGCCCAGCUUGCUGCGGCGAUUGCUGCAGCUGGUCGGCCUGCGCGACGAGGGCAACGCGAUGCGCGCGAACGCCGCGGCCGAGCGCAUCAGGGAGCUCUUUAUGCAAGAGCUGGCGCGCCCGAGGCACAGGCCGGGGGAGGCCGUUGCGCUGCUGGAAUUAGCCACGCACAUAUCCCGCUACUCCUUGUCGAUUGACGGCGCGCGGGAGGGCCUUGCGGGCUUGCUGACGCCGGCAGUGGCGCAGCGAAUCAGCAUCCGGGAUGCCUGCGCCAUGUUCAUCACGCUGAGCGCGCACGACCCCCCCGAGGACCGUCGCCUGAGCCGGGCCCUCAUCAAACUCGUCGCAAGCGGCGUCCCCGGGCUCGCAAGCGCCCACCCCUCCCGCCGCACGCCGGCCAACCGCCGUGCGACUGCCCACGGCGACGCACAGCAGGCGGACGGGCGCUCGCGGCCCGCCCACGACGACGGCGACGGCGAGGGCAGCUUGUUGUAUCCCCUCCUCGAACUCGCCAGGACGCUGCCGGCCGCGGCGGCCGUGGCGGGCGACAACGAGGAAUUCUGGGGGACAACCGGCAUCGCCCUCGAACCCUAUCGAGGCUACGUGGAGGCGUUCUGGCGCGGCCUCGAAAGGCGCCAGGUGACGGCCCCCAUCCCUGCCCUGGAAUCAAAGAAGACGCUCAAGAAACAGCGCAGGAUCCGGGCGUUUCUGAACGCGAUCGCGACGGCCAGUCAGCAGCUUCCCAGGUCGUCGCACGCCGCGCUCCGCGUCGGCUUGGGCUCGGGACUUCAUGGCGACGCACAGGUCCUCUCCGACUGCGCGCCGCUGCGGAACGAGGACGAGCUUGCGGCGGUCGAGGAGGUCGCGCCGGCCGUGCGGCGGGCUGUAGAGCAGCUCGGGCCCGACGUCAGGGCGCGAAUGGGCGGGGUGGUGACGUGGGGCGACCGCGCACGCCUGCGUCCGCAGGUGCCGGUGCUCGCGACGGUGACGCGGGCGCGCGACGGGCGGAAGUGCUUGCUGCUGCCGCGGAAGGAGAGGUCGCUGCUGCUGGACGAUCCGGAUCGGAUCGCGCUGGAGGAGCGCGUAGUGGAGGCGGGGUUGAAGCAGGAGGGUUGGGACACCGUUUGGGUGCGCAUAGGGGUGCCGAAGGUGUGCACGUCGCAGCCGGACAGCGAGGAAGCCAUCGCUGACAAUAUCUGCGCUGCGAUGGCGCGCGAGGAGCAGCGGAUGGACGGCUAG